AGUGACAAGAAACGUUCCUCCAGGGCUUGAUGAGUACAAUCCGUUCUCUGAUUCAAGAACAUGUUCAGCUGCUCCGAUCCUGCAGCCCCAAAAAGACACUCCGGAGCUCCCAGAACGUCAAGGAGACCACACAGAGACUUUAAGGCAGCUUAGCAUCCACUGGAAGAGUUUUGACGGCAUAGCUCUCCAGCAGAGACUUUGGGACUUAUCCCACAGAAGCCUUGAGGACGUUCUGCGCCUCUGGAAAGUGCAGCUCCUUUUUGGUGAGCAGUUUUCGAGAGGGGAGUAGCGUAGCUCCUCCUGCCUGAGGGGUCCUAUUCAGGUUGAAGAAAAAAACCCCUGCCAGACCACAGUACCGACAGCACCGUUUUGGGCCUCCUCCAGGAAAUGUGAAAAUGCCGAAUGUACCCAGUACCCAGCCAGCAAUAAUGAAACCAACAGAAGAACCAUCUUCCUACACACAAAUAGCAAAGGAGCAUGCCUUGGCCCAGGCAGAACUGCUAAAGCGUCAGGAAGAACUGGAAAGAAAAGCAGCUGAACUAGAUCGCAGAGAAAGGGAAAUGCAGAGUCUCAAUCAGCAAGGGGGUAGAAAAAAUAACUGGCCACCUCUCCCUGAGAAUUUUCCUGUAGGUCCUUGUUUUUACCAGGAUUUUUCAGUAGACAUUCCUGUAGAAUUCCAGAAGACAGUAAAGAUUAUGUACUAUUUGUGGAUGUUCCAUACAGUGACACUGUUUCUUAAUAUCUUUGGAUGUUUGGCCUGGUUUUACGUUGAUGCUACACGAGGGGUUGAUUUUGGAUUGAGUAUUCUCUGGUUCUUGCUUUUUACUCCUUGUUCUUUUGUCUGCUGGUACAGACCACUUUAUGGAGCUUUCAGGAGUGACAGUUCAUUCAGGUUCUUUGUGUUCUUCUUUGUAUAUAUCUGUCAGUUUGCUGUACAUGUACUUCAAGCUGCAGGAUUUCAAAGAUGGGGAAACUGUGGGUGGAUUUCAUCUCUUACUGGACUUAAUAAGAGUAUUCCUGUUGGCAUUAUGAUGAUAAUCAUAGCUGCACUUUUCACAGCAUCUGCUGUUAUCUCACUAGUUAUGUUUAAGAAGGUGCACGGGCUGUACCGCACGACUGGCGCGAGCUUUGAGAAGGCGCAGCAGGAGUUUGCCACGGGAGUGAUGUCCAACAAAACUGUACAAACUGCUGCAGCCAACGCCGCCUCCACAGCGGCCACCAGCGCGGCUCAGAACGCCUUCAAGGGUAACCGGAUGUAGAGAAACACAGUCACCCCCGUUCUCCUCAACUGUUCUUUAUUUUCCAGUCACUUACUGUAUUCCCUAAAUGCCUAGAUCAAAAUUCACACAGCUUGUUUGUUUCUUCUGCAGCUGCACAUGGGUUAAAUGGGAAAUGGUUGGUUUAUUUUAUUAUAAAUUUAUUUAUUUUAAGAAGAAAACCAUUUUCCCCCCUUCUUUAACAUGUUGAAUUCUGCAGUGUAGAGCUUUACAUAUUUUAUGGAGGAUAAAUAAUUUCAACAAUUGGCCUGAGAAUGAACUCUGGUAUAUAAUGAUCAAAUCAAUGUAGUAAGAAUCUGGAAGGUUUUUUAGCAAUUCACUCCCGGUUUCUUUGAGUUCAGGAAAGCAGUUUGGAUUAAUUAUUUUUCUUUGCAAGAACUGAUUUCCCUAUUUCUACCUUAAGAAGUGAGGUCAUAAGCAGUCAGUAAGAAGUGACUGAGAGAUAAAGUUAGGUUGACUACUGUUUUUGCACUUCCAGCAGCUGCUGGGGGUCAAAUACAAGUAAGGCAAAGAACAUAAAUUCUUUUCUUGUUUGGUUUUGUUUUCUUUUUAUUAGGUAAGUCUUUUGAUAUAAACCUGUAAGUUUGCAUGAAUACUGUUGAGUUACCUGAUCUUGUUUAGGUAGUGUUUUGGUCCAGAAUUUACCUGCGCCACUUUAUAGCAUUUGUUUGUAUGUAUUUCCAUGGAGUCUUCUCUACCUGUGAGAAAUUACUAUGGGGCAUAAACAUUCUCUGUAAUAGAAUAGUUCAGUUUAAGGAAGUUAACUGGUGACUUCAAUCACGGAGCUAAGUUAUAUAUUUGCUAUUUUUAACUUCGGUAUUCACAUAUCCCCUGUCCCUUUUCUAUGUGCAGUGGUAUUUUUGUUUUAUUUGGGAUUUUUUUUUGUUAGUUUUUGUUUGCAGUUUUUUUUCAAGUAGAUUUAUGUUUAACAGUGGUACUAAAUCUCUGUCCUGGACAGUCACUCUGUUUACUGCCUGUCCAAAACACUAUAUACACAGUAUUUAAUUUUCUAACAGGAAUGUUGUCUAAAACCAGGCUCUUGAAGCAAUGGCAUUUAACGGAUACUUGAAUGAAUUUUCAUAUUAACUCAGCCAUCUCUGUGAUGUGAUUUAAGCUAUAGGAAAAAACUUUUAAAACUAUUUUGAUUUGGCAAAGGAAGAGAUGUUUAUCUUUAAUAAAGUUAGAUUUUAUCUCAUUGAAUUGGAGGCCUAAGUUAGAUUGAUGCUGUGAAACUAACAAUCCAUAAUGGUACAUACCAUCACAAUAUUCUAGAAUAAAAUAUAGUCAGGAAUUGGGUGUAGUUUGAGUUUCUCUGCUUUGAAGACCUUACAUUUUUGGAUUGCCUCAUGAGACUUACAUGUAAUACUUACACAGUUUUUCAAACUCUUCCAGAAAAUGGAAAGAUUACAUCCCACAACCUGUGUAAGUACACACACACCAUGGCUGAAAUUAAUUCAGCUCUUAAGGUGAAUCAUAGCACAGCAUAAAGUCCUGAGGCCCCUCCACAUUCUGAAAGUGGACUGAAUUUCAAUACACUGUAUUCUCUUUCAAUACACUGUAUUCAUAAUAACAGAAGCUCAUUUUAAAAAAUACUCCCCUAGCCUAAUCCUUGAAUCAGUAAUAUACUGUUAGCAUGAAUUCUCCUGUUAGUCUCCUUUCACUUACUAAUUUUUUUAAACCACACUUGAAUUUGAAAAACAUAGUUUCACCUAUGCUGAAGUUCACAUUAAUGAAUAUACGUGCUUAAGUAUUCUAUCUAACAAGGCUGUUAAAAUGUCAUAAUAGUGGACAUGCUAACAUUGAACUUAAAUUUGUAUGGAAUGUUUUUAAAGCUUUCCAGAUUAAAGUCACUGUUCUCUGCUGAGAUCAGGGGACCAUCAUUCUAGAAGCUAUACAUCAAGAUUGUUUUUUUCAUAUUUUAAACUUAACUUGAGGGUUGUAUCUAGGAACUCUGCUAUGGAUUACUUUUAAAUCUAAAUUUAGGGAAUUCUUUUGGUAUCUCUUGGAUUGGAAUCCUAGGGACUUUGUCCUUACAAUUUAACUGAAGUUGAAGAUUGCAUAAUAGCAUAAUUAUCAGAAAAAACACCAAACACAUUAGAAAUAAAACCUGAAUUUGACAGGUAGAUUUUUUUCUCAAAUGUUUGAAGGUUCUUUGAGAAAACAUAUGUAAUGUUCUGUGUAUAAGAAUUGAUUUGUAAUAUCAUGGGUUGAAUGUACAGAUUUAAGCCUUCUGAGUGAAAUUUAGGGUUGUUUCACAUGUGAAUUCUUUAAACCAGAAAUCUGUGACACUUUUCAGCCCAAAAGGGAGGGAAAAGUUUGUUUAGCUUUGACAGCAGAAGGCUGAAAUUUGUUAAAAAUAUUUUGUACCUAACAAAAAUUAGAUUUUACGAUCUCUUAUUAAUCAGAGUAUGGCGCCCACUUGAGUUGUCUUUUUGUAGUAUUGUGACAAACAGAGUACGGUAUGAAGUUUAAACACUGGAAUGUCAGUAGUCUUUGAUUUGUAACUUAGGAGUUGUUUUUAUUUAUCUGAGGAUGUUUGUAUAUUUUGUAAAUUACUAACAAUGUUCUGCCAUCCUGGUGAAUGUCAUGGUUCUGUACAAAUGCACUUCUUCUGUCCCUCUGUUGCAUGUCUGGGUAGUUCAGAAGUUUUGUAUAUUUAUUGUAUUAACACAGUGUCAUAGAAUAAAAAAAGACUUUUUUCCUAGGUGUUCGCUCUGUAUAGUUUUGACCAAUAAUGGGGAUUUUUCUUCUAACAGUCAGGGUGAUGUGCAGGGAGGAUGAUCUAUGUAAAAGUCUGACUUGCUUUUUAUAAUUCUGUAUAUAGAUGCUGUAUUUCUGCUGAAAUGGUGAAGCAAAAUGUCCACUAUCAAUAAAUCUGGUUAAAGAGCAUUAGUCUACUCAACUGUUACGAAGAAAACUCUUAAAAUACUUGCAGUUUACCUUCUUGUGCUGUAAACUCACAAGGGUUAAAAUUAAACAUGCUCUGUCAUGACUGAAUGGAAUUCUACAGGUAUUAAGUGACUCUUAAAACAUUAUUGAAAGUAAAAUGAAGUUGCUGAAAAAA